GAAGUCCAUUGGCGAUUAGUAUAACAUACGCGUCACAACCUAUCGUUUUGAUAUGUUCAAAUAUUCUCGUUAAUUUUUUCGAUCGCGAAAAAUCUUGGUUAUCGCGUAUGGCGAUCUGAAGGCAAAUAGUACAAUACAUAUUUAUAAAGAAAUGUUUAUCAUCAAAUCUGAUUAUAAAUUUGAUGUAAUUAAAAAUAAGAUAUAAGUCAUAUGUGCAAAUACAUAUAAUUGUUAAUUACUUAUUUAAUAUGUUUCUCUUUAUAGAUUUUCGAAGUGGGAAAUCUUUUGGCCUUAAUAAUACUUACAUCAUAUUUUGAUAAAAAAGAAGACAUUUCAACAGAAUGGACAUCAAUCAGCCCGCGAUAAGUGGUAUCUGUAAUAAAGAUUAUGCAAUUGCUGCGCGCGGCGAUUUCCUCUAUGAUUUGCUCGAUCACUGAUUUCAGAUCGUCUAUCCCGCGCGUGCAUCGAUGUAAUUCAAAACUUUUCCUGUAAUAUUAUAGAGACUCUGAUCACAGAAUCAAGCAACACAUCUAGAUCAUCUGUAUUAACGAUAAUUAAUUAUAACAGCUAUACAAGAGUUUCAAAGAGGAAAAAAAGAAAUGUCCAUCGUCAGUGAUUUAAUUAGGGACUUGCCUAAGGGACCAUUAGAUACUUACAGGAAACGAGCAACAUUUGACUGGAAAUCGUUCAAGUUAACUUUAGAAGGCGAGGAUAAUGUGCGAUUUCAGGAAAAAUUAUGGGAACUUGUCAGAAUCAAUCCAGCAUUUCAAAGGCCGACAGGGCCAAUAAGCUUGGAUGAAGUUCGAAGACGCUGCAAUGCUCAAAUAAAAGUACUUUGUGACAACAACAUAAAUGCGGUGCAUGCCCGGGAAAAAUUCUUUUAUAUUUUCGAGUAUGACGGAUCUCUAUCGGUAAAACUAUCUUUGAUACACAGCGCGGUACCAGUCGCUAUAUUAGCAUUAGGCACUAAACAACAUCAUCAUUUUGUUGAAGAAUUGAAUAAUGGAAAUUAUAUGUGUUGUCUUUCUCUAACUGAAAUUUCCCAUGGCUCUAAUGCAAGAGGCAUACGAACCACAGCAACGUAUGAUAUAGCGACAAGAAGUUUUAUUCUUCAUACACCCGAUUUUGAAGCCGCAAAAUGUUGGUCAGGCGGUUUAGGAAAAUGUGCUACGCAUGCCAUCGUAUUUGCCCAGUUAAUUACACCGGAUGGAGUGAACCGUAAUCUGCAUCUUUUCGUCGUACCAAUUCGGGAUCCAAAAACUCACCUACCUUUUCCCGGUGUCACCAUUGGUGACAUGGGCGAAAAGUUAGGACUUAAUGGAAUAGACAAUGGAUUCAUGAUAUUCGACAAGUAUUCUAUAUCGCGUAUCUGCCUGUUAAAUCGUACGGCUAAUGUCAGCGAGGAUGGAAAGUAUGUGCUCGCUGUAAAGGACGGACGAAGAAGAUAUGGCUUGUCAUUGAGCGCACUAUCAUCAGGCCGUAGUACUGUUCCCUUGAUGUGCGCACAUUAUAUGAUUCUCGCGGUGACGAUAGCCACACGCUAUUGUGCAGUUAGGAAACAGUUUGGUCCUACGGAUGAGGACGAUGAGCUACCAAUUAUAGAAUAUCAAACGCAACAAUGGCGAAUCUUUCCACAUUUAGCAGCAACAUACGCAAUAAAGAUAUUUUCAACCGAGUUUUAUAAGACGAUGAUUGAAUUUAUUGCGAACCAUUUUACGAAAGGAGAUUUAAACACCGAUAUACAAAUAGAGAUUCACGUAUUGUCUUGUGCAACAAAACCAUUAUGCUCGUGGAUCGCUCGUGAUAUGAUUCAGGACUGCAGAGAAUCUUGCGGUGGUCAUGGAUAUUUAAAAAUGUCGCGUUUUGGCGAGAUAAGAGCUGAUAACGAUGCAAACUGUACAUACGAAGGUGAGAAUAAUGUAAUUAUUCAACAAGCGAGUCAUUGGUUAUUAACACAAUGGACUAAUGUGAUUAAUGGACAACCCGUGCCGUCUCCGCUUGGUUCCGCGGAUUUUCUUGUUGACGCAGAACAAAUACUGAAUACCAAAUUUAAUCAAUCUACUGUCGAAAAUACAUUGAAACCUGAGAAUUUACUCUUAACUUUUAAGUGGUUGGUAUGUUAUUAUUUAAAGAAAACAUAUCAACAUGUAAAAGAUCUCAAAUCAAACGGAAUGUCUGAUUUUGACAUAAGAAACAAUUCUCAAAUAUUGGCGCGGACUUUGUCUCUCGUAUAUGGAGAGCAUGCUCUGAUGAUGUACUUUAUCAAAUGUUUGCAAGAUCCGAAAUGGAAAGUAAAUGAACGAGAGGUACUAAUCAAAUUGUGCUCUCUGUUCGGAGCUGUAACAUUGGAAAAAAGAUUAGGAGAUUUGUAUGGCUGUGCUUACGCUUCUUCUAAUAGUAACAUAAACGUUUUUCUGCGGGAAGGAAUUAUAACAUUGUGUAGAGACUUAUUAGACAACGCGGUUGCGUUGGUUGACGUCCUGGCACCGCCAGACUUCGUUCUUAAUUCUCCUCUAGGAAUGUCCGAUGGCGAGGUAUAUAAGCACAUGAAGGAGUGGCUAUUCAGGGAUAAAGAAAACUUGGAACGUCCAUCAUGGUGGAAAGAAACACGAUCUAAAUUAUAAUAUAAAUAGUAUUUAAUUAUAGUAUAAAUA